AUGGACCGAAGCGUUUGGUAUUUUGAUAUGUGGAGAGAUUGUCUCAAUCUGGAGGCUGUGGUGCAGGACCUGGGUAGCGACGUGGCCCCUGGUUCCCCCAUGUCCACCUCUGUCUCCCAGAGUAGCUGCAGUGAGAUGGAGAGGCCCAGCCCAGCCGGCAGUCCCUCUGAGAUCCGCUGUGGCUUCUGCAAUCAGAACGGCGAGACAGUGGAAGUGUACUCUUUUCAUUGCCUCAGGACGGACGAUGGAAAGGUCUGCUGCCCUGUCUUGAGGAACUACGUCUGCCCGCUCUGCAAGGCCACUGGAGACCGUGCCCACACACGUCGCUACUGCCCUCUACAACAGGGGCAGCAGAAGGGGCAGUCCUGCACCAAAGGAACGCACUGCCACGGUUCCAGACUAAAACACUGA